GGGAUGAGAGGAGGAGAAGAGGGGAGGAGUGAAGGAGGAAACAGACGAGAGGAAGGAACCACGUAGACGGGAACUGUCCGGGAGCCUGGAGGAGGACUAUUGUUCGUCGGGAGGGAGUCGCCCAUGCUGAGCUCCGGGAUCAUGGAGGAGUUCGUGACCGAGGAGGAGGAACCGUGGUACGACCAGCAGGACCUGGAGCAGGACCUCCACCUGGCGGCGGAGCUUGGAAAGACGCUGCUGGAGAGGAACAAGGAGCUGGAGGACUCGCUGCAGCAGAUGUACAUCACUAAUGAAGAGCAAGUGCAGGAGAUUGAGUACCUGUCCAAGCAGCUGGAGGUUCUUCGGGACAUGAAUGAACAGCACGCUAAAGUAUAUGAGCAGCUGGACGGGACUGCCAGAGAACUAGAAACCACCAACCACAUGCUGGUGAUGGACAGCAAGACGUCUCAGCAGAAGAUCGAGACGUUAACAGGAACCAUUGAGGCUUUGCAGAACCAGGUGGAGUCUCUGUCAGGGCAGGUGGAACAACUUCGCUCCAUGGAGCAGCUCCGCGUCAGGAGAGAGAAGAGAGAAAGACGCAAGACCAUCCACUCCUUUCCCUGCCUGAGGGAGCUUUGCACAGCACCAAGGUACGAGGAUGAGUUUGUGGUGGGCAGAGCUGAGAGCUUUUCCGUGGAUGCAAAGCAUCAGCCAUUUGAAGAAGAGAACUGGCAUUUGAGGGAGGCGGUGUCGGCCCUGCGGGGAGCCAUCCGCAGUGAGAGAAGUCGUAGAGAGGGGGUGGAGCGAGAAUGUAACCUCCUCCUGGCUGAGUUCUCACGCCUGCAGACACGGGUGAAGGAUGCCGAGAGCUGCCAGGCGAGGCUACGUGAGCUGGAGAUGGAGCUAUACGAGCUGCAGCAGCUACGCCGCGCUCGGACUUUCCUGCUAAGUGGCGAGGAUGAUGGCGUGGGUCUGACCCAGACCGUCCUCAACAUCACCCCAGAGACCGAUACGUUCCUGGAAGGUGAUGCUGGGGAGACAGGAGGCGGCGUGAGGGAGCAGACGGAGGGUGGAGAUGGCGCGGGAGGAGAGGUUCUCCCAGAGUCCAAUCCAGUGAGGAAAAGCUGCAGCGACACAGCGCUCAAUGCCAUUGUGGCCCGCGAUGCAUCGGGCCGCAGGAGAGGGAGCUACGCUCUCCACGCCAACAGUGUGAGGAAGAGAGGGAUGUCCAUCCUCAGGGAGGUGGACGAGCAGUACCACGCCCUGCUGGAGAAAUACGAAGAGCUAUUAGGGAAGUGUAAACGCCAUGAAGAGAGCCUGUGUCAUGCUGGUGUCCAGACGUCACGACCUGUCUCGCGAGACCCAUCCAUGAAAGAUUGUGCUAUGGGCCCCACCCCCGCCCCUCCCCCUACACCCACCCAGUCGCCCUCCACCCCUGAGGCCAUUGAGAGCAUCAGCAAGCAGGUGGAGGCGGUGGACAAACGUCUGGGACAGAACACUCCGGAGUACAAGGCCCUUUUUAAGGAGAUCUUCUCUCGUAUUCAGAAGACCAAAAUGGACAUCAAAGCCACCAAAGCAGCUAAAGCUAGCAAAUCUAGUAAACAUUAAGGGAGACAUACUGCAGUUUCACUUACCUUACGUAUUCAUGAAGGACUAACACGUUUAACCACCAGGGGCCAGAUUAGGAUUGAGUCAUUCCUCUAUUGAUACCAUAAUAUCUCCUUUUCAUGUUGCCAGUCUCAUAGCUGUAGCAGGAGAAUAUUCUUCAAAACCCUUCAGUCACAGUGUCUCUAAUUCCUCAUACUGCCCCCGUGAUUCAGGCGGGUAUUGCACCUGGCAUAGAUGUGAUAAUUUAGAACAUCCCGUUCUCAUGAAACGUUCAUAGUUAAACAUACAAAAGUAAUGCACAACAAUUUAUAUAUAACCCAUGUCAUCAUGUGGCCACAGAAAGGGAUAUUCCUCUUAUCAUUAUUGUAACCCCGAAGCUAACCCGAAUCCAACGCUAUGUUUUGAAUAUUUUUUGCCAAACACGUGUUGCACGUGCACAGAUUUUUGUGGGAUUGUGCACAAAAUACCCUGUAUAACUUUUUGUAAGAUAUACCAACUGCUUCAUGAAAAUAUUAGAGCCUGACCAAUAUGGAUUUUUUUUUUAAGGGCCGAUAUGAUACCGAUAUUAUGGAAU